AACUUGAGAGUUAAGAAGGAGCAAAGGCUUGGGUUCUUGCUUUCUUUCUUUUUGUCUAAAAGAGAGAGACGAAGCAAAGAAAAGCCUUUUAGCUUAACUUCUUCUUGAUUUGAUCUCUUCUUUUUCCUCCUUAACAUAUUCCUUGUGGUGCAAUCGUAAAGAAAUGGCAGGACUAUCCUUGGACCACCCUUGGGCUUUUGCCUUUGGCCUCCUAGGCAACUUGAUAUCAUUCAUGGUGUACCUUUCUCCCAUACCUACAUUCUACCGUAUAUACAAGAAGAAAACAACCGAAGGGUUCCAAUCAGUGCCUUACGUUGUUGCACUGUUCAGUGCCAUGCUAUGGAUAUACUACGCAUUCAUCAAGACCAAUGAGUACCUCCUCAUCACCAUCAACACUUUCGGAUGUUUCAUUGAGACCAUAUACAUCGCCAUGUAUCUUAUGUACGCCCCAAGGAAGGCUAAGGUGUACACAGCAAAGAUAAUGUUGCUCAUUAAUGUGGGACUAUUCUCUUUGAUCGUUCUAUCGACCCUCCUCCUCGCCAAGGGCCACAACCGCCAGAAACUCCUCGGUUGGCUCUGCGUGGGCUUUGCAGUCAGUGUCUUCGCUGCUCCUCUGAGCAUAAUCAAACUAGUCAUCAAGACAAAGAGCGUAGAGUUCAUGCCAUUCUCUCUGUCCUUCUUCCUCACCUUAAGCGCCGUCGUCUGGUUCUCCUAUGGCUUUCUUAUUAAAGACAUCUAUGUCGCGAUUCCGAACAUAUUGGGAUUCGGCUUUGGAGUAGUUCAAAUGGUGAUGUACAUAAUCUACAAGGAUGUUAAAGUUCUCAAAGAAGAAGCCAACCUUGUGAAGGGGAAACUAGUUGUUGUUGUUAAUUUCUCAUGGGCUUUUAAUGCUUAUGAUGUAUUUCUUUCCGUUGUUAGUAAAAUGUUACUUAAUUAUGCGUAUGUGACAAACUUGGGUGAUUGGUAUAUGUUUUUCUUAUUGUGGUUGGUUGCAAGUCUAGAGUUUGGAUCUUCAAUGUGUCUCCACAUUGCCCGCCAUCUUAGUAAGUCUCUGAUACCCUCCUCUACUGUUGACGCUUCUUCUAUGGUUUCUGAUGUGGUGUAA